AUGGCUAAUCGUUUACUCAAUGUUGAUAUGAGAAAAAAUAACGUCGUAACUGACGAUGAUGAUUGGGAAACAGAAAGUGAUUAUAAUACAGAUAAUAUUGAUAAUUCAAAACAAACUCAAAAAACUGUAGUUCCAGUUAGAGCAUCAGAAAUUGGAAAAGAUAUGCUUUCAAAACAAAAACCAGUGGAUCAAGUACCAAGUUCACCUGUAGGAACAAGAUUUGGAAAUCAAACAACAAACACAUACACUCCACCUGGUGUUGUUGUUUCAAAGAAGCCUGCUGCUGCUCCAUCUAAACCAGCUGCACCAGCUCAAACAUCAACCUCGUCAAUUGCUUCCAAAUUCUCACAACCAGCUGCUCCAGCUCAAACCCCAGUUAAACCAUCUGCUCCAGUUUCAUCAGUUGCUUCUAAAUUCUCACAACCAGCUGCUCCAGCUUCAACUCCAGUUAAACCAUCUGCUCCAGUUUCAUCAGUUGCUUCCAAAUUCUCUCAACCAGCCGCCCCAGCUCCAGUUAAAGCUGCUCCAGCUCCAGUUAAAGCCACCCCAGCUCCAGUUAAAGCUGCCGUUCCAGUUAAAGAAACACCACCACCAGCUGCACCAGCCAAAAAACCACCACCACCACCAAAAAGAGUUGAACCAGUUUAUGAAGAACCAGUACAAGAAGAACCACAACAAAAUUAUGAAGAACAACAACAAUAUGAUCAACAAAGUUAUGACCAACAACAAUAUGACCAACAAAGUUAUGAUCAACAAAGUUAUGAUCAACAAGGAUAUGAUCAACAAGGAUAUGAUCAACAAGGUUAUGAUCAACAACAACAAUACGAUCAACAACAAUAUGACCAACAAAGUUAUGAUCAACAAGGUUAUGAUCAACAACAACAAUAUGAUCAACAAGGUGACGACCAACAACAAUAUGAUCUUUCAUCAUAUCCUCAAGCUCAAGCACUUUAUGAUUAUGUUGCUCAACAAGAAGGUGAUUUAACAUUUUACACAGGUGAUAUAAUUUAUGUAUAUGAUACCUCUGACGAAAGUGGAUGGUAUUCCGGUCAAUUGGCUGACGGUUCUAAUGGUUCAUUCCCUAGUAAUUUUGUCCAACUUUUAUAA